CCAUCCCCAGGCUUUGCGAUCAUUGAACAGCUGCCGCCCGAGGGCUGGGUAAAUCUUCAGCGGCCGGAAUGAUUAGCCGAGGGGGCGGCUCCGCCCCGGCCCGUCUUGGCCUCGCGCCCCGCCCCCGUGUCCCGCCCGCCUGUCCGCCUGCCUGGCUGCGGGGUGACACGGGGCUUCUCCUGGGGAAGGGGGCGAGGGAAGCAGGUUAGACUGCGGCUGGGCGGCGGCGGCGCGGCCCCUAAUAUUCAUUUAAUUGCCCAACUACCACUGAUGAAGAUAUGCUGGAGUAACUGCUGAAACUGCCUUUUUUUUGACAGUCCAUUUGUUUUACUUCUUUUUGCUUUUCCUGCUGCUAUGAGCUCUACUGUAAUGACUGAAAAACUUGGAAAAGAAAAUGAACAUGCUGUAGUCAUGAACAUAAUUUUUUUAAAGAAAAAUUAAAGUGCUACAGCGAAAGCCAGAAUGGCAUCCAGAGAGAGGCUUUUUGAACUUUGGAUGCUUUAUUGUACAAAGAAAGAUCCAGAUUACCUGAAGCUAUGGUUGGACACUUUUGUUUCUAGCUAUGAACAAUUUUUAGAUGUUGACUUUGAAAAGCUGCCUACCAGGGUAGAUGAUGUGCCUCCAGGAAUAUCUCUGCUCCCUGAUAAUAUUCUGCAGGUUCUGAGGAUCCAGUUGCUACAGUGUGUUCAGAAAAUGGCAGAUGGGUUAGAGGAACAACAGCAAGCCUUGUCAAUUUUGCUUGUCAAAUUCUUCAUUAUUCUUUGCAGAAAUCUAUCAAAUGUGGAAGAAAUUGGGACUUGCUCAUACAUUAAUUAUGUCAUCACCAUGACAACACUCUAUAUUCAGCAAUUAAAAAGCAAAAAGAAAGAGAAGGAAAUGGCAGAUCAGACGUCUAUUGAAGAAUUUGUGAUCCAUGCAUUGGCAUUUUGUGAAAGUUUAUAUGAUCCAUAUCGGAAUUGGAGACAUAGAAUUUCAGGACGAAUCCUUAGUACUGUGGAAAAGAGCAGACAGAAAUAUAAACCAGCUUCUCUCACAGUGGAAUUCGUUCCUUUCUUUUAUCAAUGUUUUCAGGAAAGUGAACAUCUCAAGGAAAGUCUUAAGUGUUGCUUAUUGCAUCUCUUUGGAGCCAUUGUAGCCGGUGGGCAGAGGAAUGCUUUGCAAGCAAUUUCUCCAGCCACUAUGGAAGUUCUUAUGCGAGUUUUGGCAGAUUGUGAUUCCUGGGAGGAUGGAGAUCCUGAAGAAGUGGGUAGGAAGGCAGAACUAACUCUGAAGUGCCUUACGCAAGUGGUACAUAUCCUUCUCAGUAGCAACUCUGAUCAGCGUCAAGUGGAAACCAGUACUAUUCUGGAGAACUAUUUUAAAUUGCUAAAUUCAGAUCCUUCAGCUUUACCUAAUCAAAGAAGGUCCAGACAGUGGGAAAGCCGAUUUAUUGCUCUACAGAUCAAAAUGCUUAAUACCAUCACAGCCAUGUUAGAUUGUACAGAUAGACCUGUUCUUCAGGCUAUUUUUCUUAACAGCAAUUGCUUUGAACAUCUCAUAAGACUGCUACAGAACUGCAAGCUAUUUUUAAAUGCUAACAAUAAGGUGGCAGACAAGAACGAGAAAGACCUUGCCAACAAAUUACUGACAGAAAUGAAUGAGGACCAGGUGUUUCAGGGACAAUUGGAUUGUUUGGCCAUAUCAACCAUUCAGGCUUUGACAGCAGUAAUGAACAAAUCUCCAGCCGCUAAGGAAGUAUUUAAAGAAAGAAUUGGUUAUACACAUAUGUUUGAAGUAUUAAAAUCCCUGGGCCAGCCACCACAGGAAUUACUUAAAGAACUCAUGAAUAUGGCUGUAGAGGGUGACCACACUUCAGUUGGGAUUUUGGGCAUUAGUAAUGUCCAACCUCUCUUGCUUCUUAUCCAGUGGCUUCCAGAAUUACAAUCCCAUGACCUACAAAUCUUCAUCUCUGAUUGGCUGAAAAGAAUUUGUUGUAUUAAUAGGCAGAGUCGAACUACUUGUGUCAAUGCAAACAUGGGCAUUAGAAUUAUUGAAUCACUUGACUCCCAUUCUUCCCUCCAUCAAACUUGUGCUGAGAACUUGAUUGCAAUCCAUGGUUCCUUGGGGAGUCAGUCAGUGAGCUCGGAAGAAAUCCGUCGACUACUAAGAUUGCUGAGAGUGGAUGAAUCUGAGUCUGUUCACCCUUAUACCACUCCUGUGACUCGAGCAAUGCUGACAAUGGCCCGAAAACUAAGUCUAGAGAGUGCCCUACAGUAUUUCAAUUUGUCACAUAGUAUGGCAGGAAUUUCUGUGCCUCCCAUACAGAAAUGGCCGGGGUCUGCCUUUUCUUUCAGUGCUUGGUUUUGCUUAGAUCAGGAUCAAUUGACUCUUGGCAUUGCUAACAAAGGAGGGAAACGGAAACAAUUAUACAGUUUUUUUACAGGAAGUGGCAUAGGUUUUGAAGCCUUUAUUACCCAUUCAGGUAUGUUGGUCGUGGCGGUGUGCACAAAAAGAGAAUAUGCAACAGUUAUGCUUCCUGACCACAGUUUCUGUGAUUCCCUCUGGCACAACAUAACCAUUGUCCACAUGCCUGGAAAAAGGCCCUUUGGUCAGAGCUUCGUCUAUAUCUAUGACAAUGGACAACAGAAGGUUUCUGCCCCUCUCAGAUUUCCUGCCAUGAAUGAACCCUUUACUUCCUGUUGCAUUGGUUCAGCUGGGCAAAGAACCACCACUCCUCCACCAUCCCAGAUCCCAGAUCCACCUUUCUCUUCUCCUGUUACCCCUCAUCGGACAUCAUUUGGUGGAAUUCUGUCAUCAGCUUCCUGGGGAGGAACAACUGAAAAAUCAAAAUUAAUUACCAAAUUGAUAUCAGCUGGAACCCAGGACAGUGAAUGGGGGUGUCCCACUUCUCUGGAGGGUCAGCUAGGAUCUGUUAUAAUCUUCUAUGAAGCACUACAGGCUCCUCAGGUGAAGGCAUUAUAUUUAGCAGGUCCAAAUUGUUUAAGCCCUUGGAAGUCUCAAGAGUCUGACAUGGCUGACCUGCCUGCUAACAUCCUUCUUUACUACACAGCAAAGGCCUGCAAAAAUUCAAUCUGUCUUGAUUUAUCUACUAAUUGUUUGCAUGGAAGAUUAACAGGAAACAAAGUAGUGAACUGGGACAUUAAGGAUAUCAUAAACUGCAUAGGCGGGUUAAAUGUACUCUUUCCUUUAUUGGAACAAAUCAGCCACUUUAGUGAAGGACAGUUUCCUGAAGAAAAGAAUGAAAGCACAGUUCCUGAAUCAGUAACACCUGUUGAAGGAGAUUGGCUCAUAUUGACUUCCACAAAGGCCUCAGAGUCAAGACUAGAGAGAAACCUAGUCGCAACCUUUAUCUUGAUUGUAAAACAUUUUAUUCAGAGACAUCCUAUCAACCAGGACAAUCUUAUUCACUCCCAUGGAGUUGCAACUCUUGGUGCUUUACUUCAGAAGGUGCCAAGCACCUUGAUGGAUGUUAAUGUGUUGAUGGCAGUUCAGCUACUAAUUGAACAAGUAUCAUUAGAGAAAAAUAUGCAGCUCCUGCAACAAAUGUAUCAAUAUUUACUCUUUGACUUUAGUAUUUGGAACCGUGGAGAUUUUCCCUUUCGAAUUGGUCACAUACAGUAUCUUUCAACCAUCAUUAAAGACAGCAGGAGAGUUUUCCGAAAGAAGUAUGGUGUGCAGUUUCUUCUAGAUACACUUAGGAUUUAUUAUGGGAAUGGUUGUAAAUAUAAUGAACUAUCUCUCGAUGAUAUUCGAACAAUAAGGACUUCUUUGUAUGGACUAAUUAAAUAUUUUCUGUGCAAAGGUGGAUCUCAUGAAGAGAUACAAAGUAUUAUGGGGUACAUAGCUGCUACUAAUGAAGAAGAACAGCUCUUUGGAAUUUUGGAUGUGCUCUUCAGUCUCCUACGUACCAGCCCAACUCGAGGUCAGCUUUUCUUACUGCUUUUUGAACCAGGAAAUGCUGACAUACUGUAUGCCUUGCUCUUAAAUCAGAAGUACUCUGACAGACUAAGAGAAAUCAUUUUUAAGAUUAUGGAACAAAUGUUGAAAUGCACGAAUGUUUAUGAGCGUAGUAAACAACAUAUUCGACUCAGAGACGUUGGCUACUCAGGACUGGGACUCCUUCUUAAUGAAGCACUUGUUAAUACUUCUCUUAUUAAAAAUCUCACCAAUCAAAUCGUAAAUACAGAUCCUGUUAUUAAUUUCAAAGAUCUAUUAUCUGUGGUAUAUAUAUCUCACAGAGCACAUAUAAAUGUUAGAGUGGCCAUCUGCAGAAAGGUUUUACAAAUUUUGCAGUUUCACCCAGAUGCAGCACAUCAAAUAUCACAACAAGUGGGGUGGCAAGACACCUUAGUGAGGCUUUUUUUAAAAGCAAAAUUUGAAAAUGGAAAUACUCUUCAUAAGCACAGUAGAGCUGUUUUAAUGAAAGACAAUGAUAAGAAUAUGUCAACUGAAGAUACUAAGAAGAACUUUGAUGAAAAAACAGAUGAGGAAAAAAUCACCUCUUUUUCCUCAGCUAAGAUGUCUUCAGAUCAGUGGAGUUUGGAGGAUAGACGCUCUUUAGACUCAAACACACCAUUAUUUCAAGAAGAUAGCUCUGUGGGAGAAUUGUCUUUCAAAUCAGAGAAUCAAGAAGAAUUCUGGCAUAGCAACCCUUCACAUUUGAGUUUAGAUCUCAGUGGAAUUGACUCAUGUGAAAUGAGUGAUAGUGGAAGUCAAGUGCCAGACAGUCUGCCCAGCACACCAUCCCCAAUAGAGUCUACAAAAUCGUUUUCUGUGCACUCUGACAAAGAAAGCAGCAUCACAAAUGAUAUGGGCUUUAGUGAUGACUUCUCUUUACUUGAAAGUCAAGAGAGAUGUGAGGAAGAGCUUCUUCAAUUACUGACACAUAUUUUGAAUUAUGUAAUGUGUAAGGGACUAGAAAAGUCUGAUGAUGAUACUUGGAUUGAACGAGGACAAGUGUUUUCAGCAUUAAGUAAACCGGGAAUAUCCAGUGAGCUACUUCGACCAUCAGAUGAAAUAAAACUAAUUUUGCUACAAAAGAUGUUAGAAUGGGCAGUCUCAGAAAACAGAGAAGCGAAAACUAAUCCAGUAACUGCUGAAAACGCCUUCCGACUAAUGCUGAUCAUACAGGACUUUCUUCAGUCAGAGGGACUAGUUAAUCCAAACAUGUGGACUGAGAAGCUUUUAGAGGAUAUGAUGCUGCUCUUUGACUGCCUGUCAGUCUGGUAUUCUGAAAAUCCAUUAUGGGUAAAACUCUCUCAAAUUCAGAUCCAGUUGCUUCUAGGAUUCAUUGGAAGGGGUAAUUUACAGGUUUGUGCAAUGGCAUCAGCUAAGCUAAAUGCCCUUCUUCAGACCAAAGUGUUUGAAAAUCAGGAUGAAGCAUGUUACAUUUUAGGGAAGCUGGAACAUGUUCUAAGUCAAUCCAUCAAGGAACAGACUGAAAUAUACUCGUUUCUGAUUCCUCUUGUUCGUACCCUGGUUUCCAAAAUUUAUGAGCUUCUCUUCAUGAACUUGCACCUACCUUCUUUACCUUUUACCAAUGGUAGCUCCUCAUUUUUUGAAGAUUUUCAAGAAUAUUGUAAUUCAAAUGAAUGGCAAGUUUACAUUGAAAAAUAUAUUGUACCUUACAUGAAGCAGUAUGAAACUCAUACAUUUUAUGAUAGUCAUGAGAACAUGGCACUUUAUUGGAAGGAUUGUUAUGAAGCUUUAAUGGUAAAUAUGCAUAAACGAGACCGGGAAGGAGGGGAAAGCAAGCUCAAAUUUCAGGAGCUGUUUGUGGAGCCAUUUAAUCGAAAAGCACGCCAAGAAAACCUGAGGUAUAAUAAUAUGCUUAAACAACUUAGCAGUCAACAGUUAGCCACUGUUAGAUGCUGGAAAGCAAUAUACCUCUAUCUUACAUGUGAAAGGGGACCUUGGGCUAAAAGGAAACAGAAUCCAAUUCAUUGGAAGCUAGCUAAUGUAGAGAAUUAUUCCCGUAUGAGACUUAAGCUGGUACCGAAUUAUAAUUUCAAAACCCACGAGGAAGCUAGUGCCUUAAGAGAUAAUCUGGGUAUCCAACACUCACAGCCUUCCAGUGAUUCAUUGCUUUUGGAAGUAGUGAAACAAGUAAAAGUUAGUGAUAUGGAGGAGGAUAAAUUAGACCUUCCUGAAGAGGAUAUGACAGCUAGAGUAAACGUUGAUGAAAAAGAACAGGAACAAAAAGAAAAAUUGAUAUUGAUGGAAGACUGUGAACUCAUUACCAUAAUUGAUGUAAUUCCUGGCAGACUAGAAAUCACUACUCAACACAUUUACUUCUAUGAUGGCAGCAUUGAAAAAGAAGAUGGAGUAGGCUUUGAUUUCAAGUGGCCUCAUUCUCAAAUUCGAGAGAUUCACCUCCGGCGUUACAACUUAAGAAGAUCAGCCCUUGAGAUUUUUCAUGUUGACCAAUCCAAUUACUUUCUCAAUUUCAAAAAAGAGGUUAGAAACAAAAUAUAUAGCAGACUGUUGUCACUUCAUUCUCCAAAUAGUUACUAUGGAAGCAGAUCACCACAGGAGUUAUUCAAAGCGUCAGGAUUGACACAGUUUCCCUGGAUUUUACAAGAUUAUACUUCAGAAGAGUUGGACCUUAAUAACCCUGCUGUAUUUCGAGAUCUUUCCAAACCAAUUGGGGUAGUUAACGAUAAAAAUGCCAAAGCUAUGCGAGAAAAAUAUGAAAAUUUUGAGGAUCCUAUGGGAACUAUUGAUAAGUUUCAUUAUGGUACUCACUAUUCAAAUUCUGCAGGGGUCAUGCACUAUCUCAUUCGUGUAGAACCAUUCACCACCCUCCACAUCCAGCUUCAGAGUGGAAGAUUUGACUGUGCAGAUCGACAGUUUCAUUCUAUUCCUGCUACCUGGCAAGCUCUCAUGGAUAAUCCAUAUGAUGUGAAAGAACUCAUUCCUGAAUUCUUCUAUUUUCCAGAGUUUUUGGAAAAUCAAAAUCAAUUUAACUUGGGUCGGCUGCAAGUUUCCAAAGAAUUAGUAAAUGAUGUCAUUCUCCCCAAAUGGGCUAAGUCAGCUGAAGAUUUCAUCUAUAAACAUAGGAAAGCUUUGGAAUCUGAAUACGUUUCAGCUCAUCUUCAUGAAUGGAUAGAUCUGAUCUUUGGCUAUAAACAGAGGGGACCAGCCGCAGUAGAGGCGCUCAACGUUUUCUAUUAUUGUAGUUAUGAAGGAGCUGUGGAUCUGGAUGCCUUAACAGAUGAGAAAGAAAGAAAAGCCUUAGAAGGGAUGAUUAAUAAUUUCGGGCAAACACCUUGUCAACUGUUAAAGGAACCACACCCUCCAAGAUUAUCAGCAGAAGAAGCAGUACAGAAGCCGACCAAAAUAGACACUUCAACCCUAAACCUGUUUCAACACCUCCCUGAACUCAAGUCAUUUUUUAUAGAGGGGAUUAGUGAUGGUAUUCCACUAUUAAAGGCCACUGUCCCCAAAAAUCAGUAUCGUUCUUUUAUGUCUCAAGGCAGCCCUGAGUUACUGAUAACAAUAAGUAUGAAUUAUGUUAUUGGAACCCAUGGAUGGUUGCCUUAUGACAGAAACAUUUCUAAUUACUUUACAUUCAUCAAGGAUCAAACUGUGACAAAUCCAAAAACUCAGCGCAGCAUGAAUGGUCCUUUUGCUCCUGGGCUAGAGGUCACUUCUAAGCUAUUUGUAGUAUCACAUGAUGCAAAGUUGCUCUUCAGUGCUGGAUACUGGGAUAAUAGCAUUCAAGUGAUGUCACUUACAAAAGGCAAAAUUAUCUCUCACAUCAUCCGGCAUAUGGAUAUUGUGACUUGCUUGGCUACAGAUUACUAUGGAAUGCAUUUGAUUUCUGGUUCCAGAGAUACUACAUGUAUGAUAUGGCAAAUAACACAACAGGGAGGUGUUCCUGUGGGCUUAGCAUCUAAACCUUUUCAGAUUCUUUAUGGACACACCGAUGAGGUAUUGAGUGUCAGCAUCAGCACUGAGCUAGACAUGGCGGUGUCAGGAUCGAGGGAUGGAACUGUGAUUAUACAUACCAUUCAGAAAGGUCAGUACAUGAGGACGUUACGACCACCUUGUGAAAGUUCACCGUUCCCGACCAUUCCCAAUUUGGCUAUAUCUUGGGAAGGACAUAUUGUUAUCUACUCCAGCACUGAGGAAAAGACCACCCUCAAGGAUAAGAAUGCACUACAUCUGUUUUCUAUAAAUGGCAAGUAUCUAGGGUCUCAAAUUCUGAAGGAACAAGUAUCAGAUAUAUGUGUUAUUGGAGAAUACAUUGUCACAGGAAGCUUACAAGGAUUCCUGUCUAUAAGAGAUCUCCACAGCUUGACUCUCAGCAUCAACCCGUUAGCCAUGCGAUUGCCUAUCCAUUGUGUUUGUGUAACCAAAGAAAACAGCCAUAUUCUUGUAGGUUUAGAAGAUGGCAAAUUGAUUGUAGUUGGUGUUGGCAAGCCAGCUGAGAUGCGUUCAGGUCAACUCUCUCGAAAAUUGUGGGGAUCGAGCAAGCGGCUUAGCCAGAUUUCAGCUGGAGAAACUGAAUAUAAUACUCAAGAUUCUAAGUGAUUGUUAUUCCAUUUUCUGUUACGAUUACUGAAACCUGAUUUAUUGCUUUGUCACUUUAACCAUAUCUCUCAACUCCGCAAUGUUACAAGGCUUUUAUCCCUGAAAAUCAUUUAGGAUAACCACAAUUUACUGUGGUAUAUAAACUAAUUCUUGGUCUAUACUAAGAUGGAAAUGUAUUUGAUUUGAUUUGAUUUAGUGGCCCAUUCCUAAAGGUCAUUGUAUCCAUUUUUAAAACAAAAUUCUAAAAUAAGAAAAUUAGGUUCAAUUUGGUUAUUAUUCCAAAUGAUAAAAUUUAAGAUUUUUCUAACAAAAGAGUACAGAUAAUGGGACAGUUGAGAGAGAUGGCUUUAAAUACAUUCUUAAGUAAUCAUUUUCCUAUUUACUGACCACUAUAAUAAAAAUAUAUCAAUUUAUUUAUUGAACUCCUGACUGGGGAUAAUAUUUUAAAGGUAUCUGUUGCACACUUGGAUUUUCAGAACUCAGUAAAAGUUACAGGUUUGCAUGGUAAGAGUAAAAUAAGAAUAUUGAAACUGGUACAUUAGCUCAUUCUACUACUACUUAGUAUGUUACUGAUGAGAAGUUACUGAAAUCUAUUAUUGUCCUUAAAUAAUAAAAACUGAGUAGAAAAAGAGGAACUAGAGAUACAUUUUACAGAUGUAUUUCCUUAAUAAUUUAAUUAAGCAGAAGUGCUAAUUGUGAUUUUGUCAGUUGGGUCUUUUAAGUAGCAUUUGCAGCACAAUUUACAUUUGCAAAGUACAGAAUUUCUUGACUCCUUCGCUAAGCAAAUACUGUUUUACUCUAAUAAUUUUUUUUUUUAAUUCUAUUUUGUGUUUUAGGAUUAUAGCUAAUUUUAUUAUAUAAUGUUAAAUGUUAAGUUAUGCUUGAUUACUAAGAUCUUAAAGUAAAAGCCUGAUUUAUUUAAUUUGGAAUUCAAAGACAUUGUUAAACUUAGAUAUUUUUUGUAAGAUUAUCUUUUGGGUUGGGUCAGAGAGGUUUUACAACUACCAGUGUUUUUAAUCCAAGAUUCUAUGUAUUUGAGGGAGCUUGUGAAUCCCUUUGAAAUUUUGCAGAGAUUUUGUAUGUUAAAUGCAUUUUCAGGAUGGAAUGCUUCCAUGGCUUUCUUUAAAGGGAUCUGUGACCAGGAAAAAAAAAAACUUUUAAAAUCAAGUAAUAAUAUUCUUUUUGUUCCACAAAUCAUAGAUGUCCUUAUAUCCAAUUGUCUUCUUAAUUGAAUCAUAGAGAAAUUAUUCCUUUGCAAUUUCACUCUCUUGUUGACCACAGUAUCCAGUGCCCUUUUCUUUAUAGUCUUUUGAGUGAGUUUAAAAAAAAAAAAAAAAAAGUAAGAAAUAAAUGAUUCUGUUUUGGGAAACUUUUGAAUAGAUUUGAUUUGAUGUGAGUCAGGGCUAGUAAAAAG